GGGCGGGGAAAUGGCCCAUAGCAACAAACCUCAGAACAUUCAGUUCCUAGCAGCAGAGCAUCCGCUCGGUGAUCUCCUGGACUUCCAGCUGCUCGCUCCGCUCUCACUGCUCCUCUCAUAUGACAGACGGGCUGUGUGUUCUUUUUCCUUUUCAUUGUUUCCAGGAAACAAUAUCUUUGUGUAGAAGGGAGGUUCCUGAGGAGAUUCCCGGAUAUCUUUGGAGCGACAUGAGCUGUCUGCGUUCACUGCUACAAGUCUGAGGACUGUUUUUUUUUUUUUUUGACGUUAUUUAGCUGGUUAGCUAGCUAAUAAUACAACAUUAGCACUUUAAACAGUUUGGGUUUGGACUUGAGGAAAAUGGGAUCAACAAAACCAGCUGGAGUGAUUGCGUACAUCUGCUCUUCCGGCUCUACCUCCAGCCCCAAAUCCUGCUUGAGUGACAGCUCCAUCGUCCACUCACAGGCCUCAUCCCUGCCCCCUUCAACAGCACAGAGCCUGAAGAUGGAAAUGCCCAGUGCCAGGCCUCUGAGCAUCCCGAAACCUGCCAACUCUCGUAUGCCUGCAUCGGAGAAGAGUGCAACCAAAAGCAGCAUCACAAAGCUGAACGGCAUGGUGCUGCUGUGUAAAGUGUGUGGCGACGUGGCUUCAGGAUUUCAUUACGGCGUUCAUGCUUGUGAAGGUUGCAAGGGCUUUUUCCGGAGGAGCAUUCAGCAGAAUAUCCAGUAUAAGAAGUGCAUGAAGUCUGAGAACUGCACCAUCAUGCGUAUAAACCGAAACCGCUGCCAGCAGUGCCGAUUCAAGAAGUGCCUCGCAGUCGGGAUGUCACGGGAUGCCGUACGAUUUGGACGCAUCCCGAAGCGCGAGAAGCAGCGCAUGCUCCUGGAGAUGCAGAACGCCAUGAACAGCGUAAUGACCGGUGCCCAGCUGCACCAAGUGCUCCGAGACUCCAGCGCCUGCUCUCCGUUGUCAUCCUCUUCCUCUCUCUCGCCUCCGUCCUCACCGCAGUGCUCUCAGGACUCUGAGUCGUUAGUGCCCAUGGACACUAUGAGCUUGACCUCGUCCUGUUCCUCAGACAGCGGCGAGGAGGAUUCAGCACCUCGGCCUGACGGAUUUCAUCUCGCACAAUCAGGGGGCGCUCUUUCACUGGGCCUCUCAGAACGACUGAGCAACAGUAACAUGACAAACAUCCCCAGCUCUCCAUGUGAAAGUCGGCAGCAAAUCACUAUCCGGUACCACAGCAGCGCUCAGCCUGAUAACGCCUCGUACUGUCACUACAGCAGACCCAAUCUGAACGAACUCGCUGGAACAUCAGCCAACCGAAGGCACCUGGUGUGUCCGAUGAACACUUCACCCAUCGUGGACCCGUCGAAGUCCAGCCAUGAGAUAUGGGAGGAGUUCUCCAUGAGCUUCACGCCUGCUGUGCGAGAGGUGGUGGAGUUUGCCAGGCAGAUUCCUGGCUUUCGCGAGCUCUCGCAGCACGACCAGGUCAGCCUGCUCAAGGCUGGAACGUUCGAGGUGCUGAUGGUGCGCUUCUCUUCGCUGUUCGACGUCAAGCAGCGUACGGUGAGCUUCCUGAGUGGGCGGAGCUACAGCAUAGAGGCUCUGCGCUCCAUGGGUGCCGGAGAACUGCUCUCGUCCAUGUUUGACUUCAGUGAGAAGCUCAUGGCGCUGCAGCUCAGCCCUGAGGAGAUCAGCCUCUUCACCGCACUCGUGCUCGUCUCUGCUGACCGCACCGGGAUCGAGGACAUGAGCUCGGUGGAGGCUCUGCAGGAGAACCUGAUCAGAGCCCUGAGGAACCUGAUCAUGAAGAACCACUCGAACGAGGCGGCCGUCUUCACCAAGCUGCUGCUGAAGCUGCCGGAGCUUCGUUCCCUCAAUAACAUGCACUCGGAGGAGCUGCUCUCCUUCAAGGUCCACCCUUAAAACUGCUGGAUCUGCUGUCCUCUUUCGGACCAAACCGGGCUGUACAUUUCCCUCUUGAAUGUGUCGAACAAGAGAUUAUUAUUAUUAUUAUUAUUAUUAUUACUUCAAGGGGAUUUAGGAACUGUAGAAGUCCAGAGAAGUGAUGUCAAAUUUUUAAUUUUUAUUCCCCCCACCUUCUGUCCUCUUAGCUCAACACAAAGUAUAAGAUAAUUGGGUUGCCAGAUUGGGGUGGGUUUAAAAUUAUUAUUAUUAUUUUUUUUUUUUUAAUUCAGUCAGUUUAAACUUUUUACAAAUUAACCCCCCAGCUUAAGUUAUACUUAAGAACAAUACUUAAGUUAUUCCACAAAAUCGAGUCGUACAUAAGCUGAUAGCUGAUGAGGCGCGUCGCACUGAGUUCUCUACAAGCCAUGUAUGACAAGAUUGAGUGGAAUAACUGUUUUAUUCUAUCCACAUUCACUGCAUUUUUUAGAAACGGAGCAUUUUUAUUUUUUUCCAAAUUCGAGAAAUAAAAACUUGAUACAAAACUUCCGACAAAAUCAUUUCCGCUUAGAAUGUAAACAAACUGGAGAAAUGACAGGAGCAAUUUGUGAAAAAUGCUAUAAUAAUAAUAAUUAUUGAAAAAAAAAAAGUUACGUUCUUACCAUCAAAUCCUUUUUGGGGGGGGGAUUUUGUUUUCGAGUAGAGAUUUUAUUUCAUCCUUGGUUGGUUCAGCAAUCAUUUUGUUUUUCCUCAACUCGUGAUAUCCAAGUAGUAGGAUAUCAGCUCAUACCCACGCCAAUCGGAGCGUGCGAUUGCUCAUAUCCAGUGAAUGUAGAUGGAAUAGAAUCAAGGAACAAUUGAGACAGGUUUAUAUUAAUGUGUUUGUUCUAAUGUUAUCAUUUCUUUGAGAGGCUGAUGAGGGAAUGGCCGUUUAUAGCUACUAUAAUGCACCUGAUAACAGGAAGUAACUUGUUUCAGCAUUAAAUGUAACUAUAAAGGGGGUUGUUCUUUAAGUUAAUUGGACAUUAUCUAUUCGUUAGCAAAUUGCUGUAGGAUGAAGAGGAGUAAAACACUUCAGGGCGUGCAGUUAUCGGAAAAUAAUCAACUUUAGGAUGGGAACAGGAAACCUUUUUUUUUUUUUUUUUUAAAUUUAUUUUUUUUCCCAAUAAUGUGUCCCUGAGUGUUUUAUUCUUUACAACGAGGACGGGGGGGUCUGGUAUCUCAGUUCUGGACUUCUGUAAGGAACAGAAUGCUGUAUUUUUGUGUAUGUAUAGAAUAUCUACAGUAUAUAACAAGUCUAAAGUCAGAAUUGCACACUGUGGUAUCGAUGAUAUGGACAGCACAGGUGAGGCAGAGACGGAGAUCACUGCUGUAAGCUUCCCGAGCAUGUCGAGUCGUGGCCGUCCAGGUCCUGCGCUUGCUUCUCUGCACUAUUCUUUGCACACUUGACAAAAGGAUGGAAUUGUAUCAAAGUUUCUGAAACGUGCAAUAGGUGCUAAUGCAUGAUUUAUGUGUAUUCGGAUAGUUUAAUGUGGUAUCCUGUCCAAAACGUUCUGUUUUGAAAUGUCCUACUUACUAGUUUUUGUUUGGGCUCCAUCAUCAUCAUCAUCUGUGUGUAAAACGCCUUUUGUAUUUUACUCAUGAAUGUAUAACUUUAGCCAGGCUGCACAUCAGGCGCCGCUUUUGAAAUGGGAACUCGCUGCUUUUGCACACGGUGACGCCGAAGAGAACUGAAGCACAGGCAGUGUGUAAAUGCUCUGUAUGUUAGUCUAUGCAUAAUCCUGACACCAAGGCAGUAUGACUCGUUGGAGUCCAUCUUCCAUCACGGAAACAUCACUGGAGAAAUGUUUUCUGCCACCGUGAAUGUAUAUCAAGAACAAAAGGACCUCUGGACUUAAUGCGACACAUAUACGGGCGUGUGUUCUUUUACAGAUGACUCUGAAGCAGAUUAAGUGGAAAUCCGAUUUCCGGGACUCACCCCACACGUCUUUUUCUCAUCACUAUGCAGCUCAACAGUGUGGACUUUUCAUAUGAAACCAUGGUAACGAAGCUCUAUAUAUGUAAUGUAAUGCAAAGUUAUAUUCUUUAUGUCUACAUUGUACUCUGUUGUGUAAGAUAUCUAUCUAUAUAAAUAUAUAUACAGUAUAUAAAUAAAUAUCUAUUAGUCACCUAUAAUAAAA